GCAAUUCUUAUUUCCAGUAGGCUAUUUAUAAAUUCGACUAGUUUACGACACUCACAAUUCAUUUCUGCGACAUCUAUCACUGUCUCUACCUACAAUAUUCCUUUCACACGUUCUCCAUUUCAUUUGCCUCACAGAUUAGAGCGAUUCUUCCGGAAAUCUAGGCACUUUUGCAUGGGAAGACACUCUUGCUGUCACAAACAGAAGCUGAGGAAAGGUCUGUGGUCUCCCGAGGAAGAUGAGAAACUUUUGAACUACAUCGCCAAAUUUGGACUCGGGUGUUGGAGCUCAGUCCCAAAGCUCGCAGGCUUGCAAAGAUGUGGGAAGAGUUGCCGGUUAAGGUGGAUAAACUAUCUAAGGCCCGACUUGAAGAGAGGUGCAUUCUCCCAGCAGGAAGAGAGUUUGAUAAUUGAACUCCAUGCAGUUCUAGGCAACAGAUGGUCACAGAUUGCAGCGCAUUUGCCUGGAAGGACCGACAACGAGAUAAAGAACUUGUGGAACUCCGGAUUAAAGAAGAAGCUCAGGCAAAAUGGGAUUGACCCCAAUACCCACAAGCCCCUUUCCUUGUUUGAAAACAGUGACCAACAAAAGUUUCAUGCAAUAUAUGAAGCCUCUGUUGCAUCCACUAAACCGAACCUUUCCCAGGCCAGUUCCACAAGUAGCAGCCAGAAUCUGAGAGUGACUCCAUCUCCUGAGCUCUCAUUUAAGAGGCCCGGUAUAGUCGAUGAUGGAAGCUUCAUCACCUGUUUUCCACCUGCUGGUAUGGUGGGCGAGCUAUGCUUUCAGCACUUAAAAUGUUCAGGUACCAUGGGUCUAUUGGCAAGUUCAGAUACUGCUCUACAUCACGAUUGGAAUUGGAGCUCCUCAGAUAUCAGUCCAACAGAGGUCCAUUCAGCUCCAAAGCCAAAUAGACCCUCUGACAGCUAUUAUUGCAAUAUUGAUGGCGGUAAUAGUAGCCACUGGAGCGGCAUUGCUCCAUUGCAGAAUGUUCAUACCUUUGAAAACUCCCCAAAUUCAUAUAUAUCGGCUGACUGCGGGAGAGUCGACAAAGAAACUGAGACUCACCCAUCGGUGUUUGAUGCAGAAGUUGCGAAAUGGUUCGAAUAUCUCCACCACACUCCAUUUGUGUUUAACCUCUCACCAAGUGGAGCUUCUCAACUGGAGCACAGCGACGUGACGCCAUCAGCAGGCACAUGCUCAGUGACUGGUGGUGGCUUGGUCAGCAAUUGCCCACAUGAUCAGAUUCUGCAAGCUUCACCAGGCUCUGACAUGUAUGGCAAGACUCUUCAAGUUAUUGCCGUUUCUUCAGGGCAAAAUUCUCCGUCUUCUUUGGAGCCUGUGAAGAACAAGUUUCAAGACAAGAAAGUAUGAACAAGAGAUCUCUCAAAAACCUCCUCCUCCUUCCUUUUUCCCUUUUUUGCAGGUGUGCAUUGUAAAUGGUAACGAUUCAGUUCUUACCCUCUGCAUCUUUUUUUCUUUCCCUUCUGUUUUACCGAACGUAUGAGAUUGAUCCCUAGAGCUUAUAUGUGUUCACCCAUAUAUGCCUCAGAUAUGUGUAAAGUUGCAUCAUGGUUAUAAACACCAUUCUUGUGCAACUCUGUCUCUUGGUGUCUCGUUAAGGACUCAAUUUUUUAUUUUUUAUUUUUUUUAAUUCUCGGUUGUUGAAGACACAUGACACAACAGUUUAAGAGGGUAUUGAUAUUUAUAAGGUUUAGUCAGUACCAUGACCUGCAUGUGCUGAGAUAGUGACUUUAUUUGUAGAAAUUCCCUUUCUCGUUUUGGUUU